AUGGUGGCACCGCUCAGAGCGUCAGAGAAAGCCAGCGUGCCGGGCGUUCCACGCGAGAUCCGGCUGCGCAUCUACUCGCUCCUCCUCAAGGCUGACACGCUCAUCGACACCUUUCUAGUCAGGGCCAAUGAAGCCACGAUUGCCGAGGUCCGCUGGGCCAGCGGUGGGAGCACCUUCUACUACAACCAUAACCUCUUUGACUGCCACUCGUCAAAGCAGUGCCUCAGCUGGCUCAACACUUUGACCCCACGCACCCGCCGCCUGGACCGCCACAUCGCGCUUAUGCGGAUCCUCCCCGAACUCACUGCCAACCUGCGGACCGUGUACCUCCCCAGCACCAUCGUCACUUCCGAGCUGUCGUACUGGCACCGAUGGUUCGCACGUCGGGGUGAGCCUCAGUAUUACAUGGUGCAGUGGUGA